AUGGUCCGAGAAAGCAAUCCGGGUUUGACUUGGGCCAAAUUUUUGGAGCUAUUCUACAACAAGCAUUUCCUCCUUAGCGUCCGAGACCGAAAGACCACAGAGUUCCAGAAUCUGAUGCAAGGGAACAAGACAGUCGCAGAAUACGAUCGUGCCUUUACUGAACUGGCGAGAUAUGCGCCUCAUGUGGUUGACGACGAAUACCGAAAGGCGAGGAAGUUCGAAAGUGGGUUGCGUGGGCCGAUACAAUAUCGGGUCAAUAUGCUCAAUAUGCCGACAUACGCCGGAGUACUGGACAGGGCUAUCCUGGCUGAAGCUAACUUGAACCGAUACCAGAGUUCAGAUGAAGGCCAGAGGAAGAGACAGAAUUGUGAUAAUCGCCGAGUUCCGUUCAAUGCCAAGAAGAGAAUGAGCACAGACAGUUCCAGCAACUCAAAUCAGGAAGGUAACGCCAAGCCGGUGUGCGCGAGUUGUGGAAAGCUACAUUUCGGGGUUUGUCGUUGGGCAACAGGAGCUUGCUAUGAGUGCGGCGAGAUAGGUCAUCGUGUGAAGGACUGCCCGAAGGCAGGGACUGACGGCGGAAAGAGGAAUGGAAGCACCUCGGGCCCUGCACAGAACAACAACGUCGAGAGAAUACAGGCAAGGCAAGGCAGAGUUUUUACAUUGGUACCCGGAGACGCCCAGAACACCGAGGCGGUAGUGUCAG